AAUUUGUACUUUUGUGAAAGAAUAUUGAUAGUUACAACCAAAUUGGGAUAUUCUCGGUGUAUUUCGCUUUAAAUCAGACCAAGGGCUUGAAAUGACUGCAUUUUAUUUUGCUUAAAUGUGCUUAAUGUUGCAGUAUUGAAGGAUAAGGACUGAACUGGAAGGAAAAUCAGCGAUUGGCUUCAGCAGUAUUUGCUCGGAAUUUGUUGUCAGAUUGGUUCAGAACAAAAGGUGCAUGGCCAUGAUGCAGAUUUUCUUUAGUAUGCAAGGCAUUUGGACAGUGUGACGGCGACUUUCAUAUGUUCCGCAUCAUCCCAUUACAUGUUUAGCUGUUAGAUACCUCAUCACAGGAAAGCCGGUGGCUUAACACGGAGUGUCAACAUCACAGUUCAUCGUUUAGACGUAAACAGAUUUGUCAAGAUCUUCAAGCGGAUUAUAAUAUUUUGAUACGUGUACAACAUGUCAAAAGGUGGAGUUGAACUUGACGUUGACUCCAUAUUGGAACAACUCUUGGCAGUUCGGGACAAUCCUGGGAAACAGGUGCAGCUCCCCGAGACUCAAAUCCGCCAGUUAUGUCAAAUAUCUCGGUCCAUAUUCCUGGAACAACCUAUGCUUGUGGAACUUGAAGCCCCAGUGAACAUAUGCGGUGAUAUCCAUGGGCAGUUUAGUGACCUGAUCAGACAUUUUGACAAAUGUGGAUUUCCACCAGAGUCGAAUUAUCUUUUCCUGGGGGAUUAUGUUGAUAGGGGGAAACGAUCAUUAGAAACCAUAUGCUUGGUGCUGGCAUAUAAAAUAAAAUACCCAAAUAACUUCUUCUUACUAAGAGGAAACCAUGAGUGUGCCUCAAUCAAUAGGAUCUAUGGGUUCUAUGAUGAAUGCAAGAGGAGGUACAAUAUCAAACUCUGGAAAACAUUCACAGACUGUUUUAAUUGUUUACCAAUUGCUGCACUGGUGGAGGGCACAAUAUUUUGUAUGCACGGGGGGUUGUCACCAGAGCUAACAGAACUCGAAAUGUUAAAGGAAAUAGAGAGGCCGUUGGAUGUUCCUGACCAUGGCAUGGUGUGUGACUUACUGUGGUCAGAUCCUGAUGAGGAUAUAACAGGUUGGGGUGAAAAUGACAGAGGUGUGUCAUACACUUUUGGAGGUGACAUUGUCAAACAGUUUCUGAAGAAGUUUGAGUUGAGUCUGAUUGUCAGGGCACACCAGGUUGUGGAAGAUGGCUAUCAGUUUUUUCAAAGGCGAAAGCUGGUCACACUGUUUAGUGCACCAAACUAUUGUGGAGAGUUUGACAAUGCAGCAGCAGUGAUGAUUGUCUCAGAGGAUCUCACCUGUUCCUUCAAAAUCCUUCCUCCGGAGAAGGGUCAUGCCGUGGCAAUAGACCCUAAAAGCAGUAAAAAAUGAUAGCCUGAAGUGGUAUGCCAAACUAUAAUUAUCCUGGUGAACCAAGUUUAAACUGCCCUGGAUCAAAGUUAAGUUAAAAUAGGACUUCUCUUACAGGAGGAAUGAUGACAACAUUAUUAUAGUGUAAUAAUUAUAUACUGAUGUUCAAAAAUUAAAGGCACCAAAGAUGAAGAUUCAUGAAUUGAUAUCGAUGAAGUAUUUGAAAUGAACAACACUUAUACUGAAUCAUAAAAGGCCAACAAAUGGUAAUAGUUGAAUGGUUUGUAUAUGAUAGUGAUCUCAAUAAUACUGUACAUGUGGGUAAAUUAAACCAAGCUAUAAAAGAAAUGCAGAAAACCCUAAUGCCAAUGUUCUCAUAUUCUAAAAAGCAACCCAGUGAUGACAAAUGAUGAGAGCCUGGUCUUAUCCUGCUCCUGUAAACAAGUUGUAAUGACAAGUGCUGAGAGACUGUAUCAUGAUGGGAAAUACCAAUAACUAUCCAAACAUUCCAUCUGUUUGAUGUGAUAUUUGUAAGUCCUGCAUGUCAUUCCAUGUGUUGACUAAAUGUGAAGUGAAUGUGAUUAUUUACAGGCACAUCUAAACAUAUUUCUACUUAAAUACAUGUGAUCAGGUACCUGUGCUUUAAUGUUGACAGUUGCUUUAAGUACAUAAACACCAAUUUGCUUAGAAUUUACAUGUGGGUGUUAGAGUUUGAAUUGACAAUCUAUUUUGCCUGUGAUGAAUUUAAUGUCCUUGCUUCAUCUUGCAAAACAUGAUUUUUGUUUCAUUUUGCCUUUUUGUGCAUUGGGAGUAGGGAUAGAUGUUUCUCACAAUGAGGUUCUUUGUUCAUUUUUAGUUCAGCUUCUACUUAGAGGCUUCAUAUUUUGAUCUCAUUGUUUGGGUUCAUCAAAUGUAUGUCUCAUCAGUUAUUCUACUUCUAGACAUGUUCUUAAAACACUAUUUUGUCUUUAUAUUUAUAUUUAUUUAUAUUUUGGAGGUAAAACUCCAGCCUAAGAAAAAGUUUAAAUUUAUGUAUGUUCUGACUUGUUUUGCACGAGUUUAGUUGUUCCAUUUGUAGAACGGUUCUGUGAUAUCAUUUCCUGGAUCUGAUGUAUGUAUAUUGAAGGAAUGUCACUACAAGUAUUUUGCACAUCUCAAUUUCCAUUACCACCACCAAUAGUUCGUGCUUAACAACCUGUAAAACUUCAUAUAUUAGUACUGUAGUGUUGAAUUCCUUUUUGAGUGCGCGGAAUUAUUAGUUUGUUGAUUUGAUUUUAUCAUUUUUAUUGUGAAACAUAAGUGGGUUUUUUUUUUGAUUUUUGCUUUAUAUUAUUUUUUAUUUUAACUUUUGUGCAAAUUUUUAUUUUAUUAUUUUUAUGGCUGUCAUGGUGCAAUUUACUUUUCACAUCAUUUGUGACUGAAAGUGAAACGUAGAGUAAAUGUGUAGAGUAAAUUUGUGUCUUAGUUGUGUGAAAAGUUCAGUAUUUGUUGGUGCAGCUGACUAACAACAAAAUACAUGAAAGUCUUAUUUCCCCUUUCCUCAUAAUUUCCAUGUGGCAUUUUUAUGAACAUAUACAGUGCAUAUAGUGAGAAGAGUGAAGCACAGUACGAGUAUGUAUAUGUCAAGCGUAAAUGGUAGGCAGCUUUUAGCAAGCCAUCUUGUAUAAAUGGUUCACUCUGGAUACAGUUUAUUGCUUGUCAAUUGGUCUCUUUUUUCAAAUGGAAAUCAUAGUAUUUCUGUUUCUUGCUUAUUGGAAGAAUGUUUGUUCAUAAUACUAGCAAAAUAGUGUCACAUCUGUGGUACAGUGUAGCAAUAUUCACUAGUCCAAUUGUUUUAAUAUCAAGUUAUCAUAUUUAUUGGGUUUGGAUGGGAAAUCACUUGUUGACUGGUUAUUUCUUACAUUUGCAAAACCAAUCUGUUUACAAUGCUUUACCAAUCUUAAGCUUUACUGUUGAAAGUUUCUUCUUCAUUGUUCUAUUAGAAAUAAAAUUGUGUUUAGAAAUACAUGUUUGUGUGUUCUUAAACACCAAUGUGUUUUAAUAAAAA